CUCUGUUUAAUCCACAGGGAAAGAACGAUACACAUACACACAAAUUGACGGGUAAACAGCGGGAGGGACGAGGAAGCAUGAAUUUUGCUCUGAUCGCGAUUACUGUACUAGGUUUAGCUUCAGCAAAUGAAGUCGAAACCAACAACAUUAUUUCCACACUGGAGAAGACAGUUCACUAUUUUGAAAUUAAUCAUGAACAAUUUAAUCUCGACGGGACGACAGGGUUUUGUAUAUUACGAGCGCUGCUGAAGGACACGUUGACUCGAUGGUCUCCCUCGGGCCCUGGCGCCAUCUCCCAACAAACAAAGCUGCAGGAUCUCGUCUUAAAAACCGACGUCGCAGUAAGAAAAAGCACGAAAGAAAUAAUACUGCGAGAACAUUCAUAUUUUGAAGAAUUUCAGCCAUUACUAGCUGAUAAUUUCUGGACUUUCAAAGCUGGAUGGAUGCAGACGGAUAGUAAAUUGGUCUAUCCUGAGCGAAGGAAUACAGACUGUUUCGGGGAAAAUUCCAGUGACAGAUGUAUGUCUCAAUUACUGGGUACCUGGAAGGAUUAUAGAGUGCCUUGCCUGGAUACAGCCAACUGUAGAAAAAUGAUGACCACAGUAAAUUGCCCCGAUUACUCCUUAUCACAUCAGUUACUGUACUUAAUUAUUGCUGAGAUUAAAAAUUGCACAGAUAUUGUAAAAUUAGGAAAGGCGGUCAGCAUUCAGCAUCUUAAGAAAGUAUACUGCACCAACAUGAUGAAAAUAAACUUGGAAAUUGAAGAUGAAGACUUUCCAUUACAUCGGCGUGACUUAUUUAUGGAAAACAUAAUGCUUUGUGGGAUGAUUGGAUAUUCCGAUUUCUUCAAGACCCAGUGGCUUGAAGCUAUUCUAUCAUGGCAGAACCCCACUGGUUGCUAUCUGAGGAUUGAUUUAGGCAGGUCUGUGCAGCCAACAGAGAAGGAACGAAAUGCAUUCACAAAACACAAGAGAGUGAAGAGAAGAGAUAGACUAAUGAGUGAUAAUUGUACAAGUCAUCUGACUGGUAUCGCUGCAGGAGCUCUGGGCGUUUUCCUUCGCUUUUAUGGCAUAAGCCAGAAUGUCAGAGAACCAUAGAAUAUUUAACACCAAGCCACAGCUUUUCCAUGUGAUCAUGCUGAAUUAGUAAUAGCCAUUUAUGUAUUCUACAAUUAGUUUUGUGCCUCAUCCUAGUUCCCAUGACUUAAGUUGUUUUUUGAUGAAAAUUUGUACGAUUAGCUCAAGGCGACGGUGGAAAAGUGAUAAAGUGUAAGAUGUUCAGAAUAAUUAUGUUCAGGCAGCAGUAGAAUUUGUAGGAAAGAACUGCAGAUGCUGGUUUAAAUCGAAGGUAGACACAAAAUGCUGGAGUAACUCAGCAGGACAGGCAGCAUCAAUGGACAGAAGGAAUGGGUGACGUUUCAGUUGAGAUCCUUAGAAGAGAUGCUGCCUGUCCCGCUGAGUUACUCCAGCAUCUUGUGUCUACCAGCAGUAGAAUUUGUUGUUUUCAAGAGGCGUGGUCCAAAUUGAGACCAUGUGGGUUUCUUCUGGGUGCUCUGGUUUCUUCCUCCUCUCCAAAGACAGGUUUUGUAGGUCAAUUAACUAAAUAUCAUAGUUGGGUGGUAGGAGAAUCAGAGGGGAGUUGAUGGGAAGAGAGGGUAAGUUACAGGGAUGUGUUACAGGGAAAUCUUAUAUUAGAUUUCCUGAAUUUACAGUUUUUUUCCUUUUCAAUGUCAGAUAAAGUUAUUUCUCAUCAUAAUGCAUUUGUUAUUCCAUAGUUUAGGGAUUUUAUCUCCCCCCGUUGUUUAUUUUAAUCACUUUCUUCUUUAUAUUUUCUUGGAGAAUUUUAUGGAAAUGACACAUUCUUACCAGUCAGAGGACUUUGUCUUGGUCUUAGAAAAUGAGAAAUUGGAAGUGCAUUCUUUAAUUUGUGCACAUAAAUAUUGCUGUCUUGAACCAUACUGUGGAAUGUUAAUGUAACUCGUAGAUUAAACAAUACAACAUCAUC